CUGUAAUAGACAGAUAGAUAUGGAAAAAAAAGUGGCCCCCACUGAUAAGAGUUUCAACACUUGUUUAUUCAGUAAACUACUGUCUUAAGAAAUCGUUAGUUGUGAAUAAAAGUAUCUCAAAAAGUAAAAUGUCUUGGCAAGAAUUUAAAAAAAAUAUACUUUGGCCAAAUUUUUUUUUUAUGUUAACUCUUCACGCAUUAUUUUUAUAUUACACGAUUAUUUUUCCGUACUUAGAAUGUAAAAUUUUAUUAGCAUGGGUAUUAGUCACGUUAGUACUAGCAGAGUUCGGCGUAACCGCUGGAGUACAUCGGCUCUGGUCGCACAGAGCUUACAAAGCCAAACUACCUCUCCGGAUCAUCUUGGCUGCUCUGUAUCAUUCUGCUGCUCAGAAUAGUAUUGUAAACUGGGUGAGGGAUCACAGGGUCCAUCACAAGUACGCAGACACCCCAGCAGAUCCGCAUGACAGCAGUCGAGGGCUCUGGUUUAGUCAUGUUGGGUGGCUGGUGAUGAAGGAGAACCCGGAAAUAAGGCAACGUCGAGCUGAAGUUAACAUGAGUGAUGUCUUGGCCGAUCCAGUGGUCAGGUUUUUUGAGAAGCACCACGUUCCGCUGAAGAUACUUUUAGCGUUCGUUAUUCCGAUCUUUAUUCCGGUUUAUUUUUUCAAUCAAAGCUUCAAAUGGUCAUUGAUUUCUCAAUUGUUAAUACGAUACCCGCUGAAUUUAAAUAUCACUUGGACUAUCAACAGCUUUGCUCAUAAAUUUGGGUAUCGCAGCUAUGACAAAAAUAUAAAAUCAGCUGACAAUAUUUGGACAAACUUUCUUACUGGAGGUGAAGGUAUUCAUAAUUUUCAUCAUGUCUUUCCGUGGGACUACAAAGCUUCUGAAUGGAAGAGUUUGUUUUCUAACACAACAACCUGGAUUGACAUGUUUGCUAAAAUUGGAUGGGCUUAUGAUUUAAAACGCGUUUCACCAGAGUAUAUAAAACUUGUUGUAGAGAGGAGAGGUGACGGAACUCAUCAAUUUUAUGAUAAAUGAUUUUAUUAACUAAAUAAAUAGUAUAGUUUUUAUAUAAUAAUAAUAAUUAUGUAAUUAUGAUUUUUAUUAAAAAGUAAAUUUAUUA